AUGGCGAUCGCAAGGCAAGUGCUUUGUCUGUCUGCUUUCCUGUGGCUGCCGCCCGCUCGCGCCGAGCCCAUCCGCUACUCCGUAGCCGAGGAGGCGGAAAGCGGCUCCCUGGUAGGCGAGCUGGCGGAGGACGCGGGGCUGACGCCGGCGCAGCUCUCGGCUCGCCGCGCCCGCCUGGUGUCGGAGGACGGCCGGCAGCAUUUUGCCUUAGAGCGCGGCUCCGGCCGCCUGCUCGUGGCGGGGAGGCUGGACCGGGAGGAGCUGUGCGGCCAGUCCGCCACCUGCAUGCUCCCCUUCGAGCUGCUGCUCUCCAACCCCCUGCAGUUCUUUCGGGUCGAGGUGGCUCUGGAGGAUAUCAAUGACCAUUCGCCUAUUUUCCCUGAGGAAGAGGUGUCUUUUGACAUACCUGAGACGAGCGAGCCAGGCUCUCAUUUCCCGUUGGAGGUGGCUCGGGAUCUCGAUAUUGGCAGCAACACAGUCCAGACAUACAGCAUUUCUCCUGAGAACAAGUAUUUUAGUGUAUCUUACGGGAUUCAGUUCGCAGGCAAGAAGUAUCUGGAACUGGUCUUAGAAAAGCCUCUAGACAGAGAAGAGCAGGCAGAGAUGGGUUUCCGUGUCAUUGCAGUAGAUGCGGGCUCUCCUCCCAGAACUGGGACGACUGAAGUGGAAAUUGUCAUACUAGAUGUAAAUGACAAUGCUCCCGUCUUCACACAGGCGGUGUACAUUGGGAAAGUUUUGGAGAAUAUGCCAGAAGGCUCUGUGGUUCUGAUUGUACUAGCAACGGAUCAGGAUGCAGGAGUAAAUGGGGAAAUUUCCUAUCAACUGAGGCAAGACGUGGGACAGAACGACUCACUAUUUCUGAUUGAUCCCAUAACUGGUGAAAUUAAAAUCACAAAACCUCUGGACUUUGAGGCAGCACAGAGUCACGAACUGAGUGUGAGAGCCAGAGAUGGUGGGGGACUCUCAGCAAUCUGCAAAGUGCUGGUGGAGGUGGUGGAUGUGAAUGACAAUGCCCCAGAGGUGGUGGUCAGCUCCUUCAGCAGUCCCCUCCCCGAGAACACAGCGCCCGGCACGGUGGUUGCCCUGUUUACGGUCAGGGACCGGGAUUCUGGGGCCAACGGGAAGAUCUCGUGUGGCCUCGAGGAUCAGCUCUUCUUCUCGCUGCGGCCAGCCUAUAAGAAUUACUAUGAGCUGGUGACAGUGAGCGCGCUGGACCGCGAGGAGACGGCUCGCUACAUCCUCAGGGUGACGGCAGCAGACGCGGGGUCGCCUCCUCUGACGAGCACGCAGACCUUCACCGUGGACAUCUCGGAUGUCAAUGACAACGCCCCCGUCUUCAACCAGACGUCGUACACCAUGUACGUGCGUGAGAACAAUGUGCCCACGGUGUUUGUUGGAGCCGUCAGCGCUGCCGACGCUGACGUGGGGCUCAAUGGCAAGGUGAGCUAUUCCCUGGCAGCGGUGCAAGCGGCAGAGGGGCCUUGGUGCUCGUGCGUGUCUGUGAACUCUGAGAACGGGCACGUGUUUGUGCUGCGGCCCCUGGACUACGAGCGCUUGAGGCAGACGGAGGUGACGGUCAGUGCCUCUGACGCGGGCUCUCCUCCCCUCAGAGCCAACGUCAGCGUCCGCCUCGUGGUGCUGGACGAGAACGACAACGCCCCGCUCGUGCUGUACCCAGGCCAGGACAGCAGCCCAGCGUCCAGUGAGCUGGUGCCCGUGUCGGCCGAGGCGGGCUACCUCAUCACCAAAGUGGUGGCCGUGGAUGCCGACUCCGGGCAGAACUCGUGGCUCUCGUACCACCUGCUGAGGGCCAGCGAGCCAGGGCUGUUCACGGUGGGUGUCCACAGCGGGGAGGUGCGUCUGAGGAGGCCGGUGACGGAGAGAGACAGCGUGAGGCAGAAGCUCCUUGUCCUGGUCAGAGACAACGGCAAGCCGCCCCUGUCGGCCACGGCAGCUGUGAGCGCGCUCCUGCUCAAGGACUUGUCAGACGUGCGCCUCCCCGGGCACGGCAGCCCGGCCCCAGAGGAUCAGGCUGGCUCCCUGACCACCUAUUUAAUCAUUGCCCUGGUGUGUGUCUCCCUGCUCUUCCUCGUCUCCACGGCACUCUUUGUGGCUCGCAAGGUGUGCAAGAGAAAGGAGCUGAAGGCUGGCCAUGUGCUUUAUGGUGCCGACAACUUGCAGAGCGGCCUGGCCGAUGGGGCCGCUGCAGGGAGCCUGCCCCGCGCUUAUUGCUACGAGAUCAGCCUCACAACGGGCUCGGGCAACAGCGAGUUCAAAUUCCUCAAGCCCAUCCUCCCCAGCGUGCCAGCACAGCACUGCGCCGUGGGCCACGGCCCGGAGGAUGAACAGCAUUUCCCCUGUGUCCCUGUCAGCACCGACGACACAGCACCAGACAAUCCUGGCACUCUCUCUGCAGGACACUUCAAUUCUCUUUCCUUCACGGCAGCGCGGGCUGCGGGCGGCGGCGGGCGCAGUUGCAGCGCGCACCGCUGGGUGGUGCCCUCGGCCAAGGCGGCGCCGAGCGGCUGCGGCAGCGGAGGCGGCCGAGCCCGGCCCGGCCCAGCCCAGCGCAGCUCGGCUCAGCGCAGCGCAGCUGAGCCCGAGCGAGCUGAGAUCAGCGCAGCGCAGCCGGCCGGAGGUGGCAGCGGCUGCGUUGGCGAGCGCUGCCCCGUGUCAGCCGCUGCCGGCACCCCCCGGCUGUGUCAGGCGCCGCUUUCGGCGGAAUCGGAGGCAGCGAGAGAAGGAGCCCGGCCCGCGCUUGGCCGCUUUCGGCGGGGAAUCACCGGGGACAGCCGCCACACCGACCCCGGCCGCCGCCGCCGCCGCCGCCGCCGCGCCAUGGCGAUCGCAAGGCAAGUGCUUUGUCUGUCUGCUUUCCUGUGGCUGCCGCCCGCUCGCGCCGAGCCCAUCCGCUACUCCGUAGCCGAGGAGGCGGAAAGCGGCUCCCUGGUAGGCGAGCUGGCGGAGGACGCGGGGCUGACGCCGGCGCAGCUCUCGGCUCGCCGCGCCCGCCUGGUGUCGGAGGACGGCCGGCAGCAUUUUGCCUUAGAGCGCGGCUCCGGCCGCCUGCUCGUGGCGGGGAGGCUGGACCGGGAGGAGCUGUGCGGCCAGUCCGCCACCUGCAUGCUCCCCUUCGAGCUGCUGCUCUCCAACCCCCUGCAGUUCUUUCGGGUCGAGGUGGCUCUGGAGGAUAUCAAUGAUCAUUCACCCGUUUUCCCCGAGAAUCGAGUGACUUUUGACAUCCCCGAAACGAGCAACCCUGAUUCACGAUUCCCACUGGAGGCUGCUCGGGAUCUCGAUAUUGGCAGCAACACAGUCCAGACAUACAGCAUCUCUCCCGAGAACGAGUUCUUUAGUAUCUCAUCGGGUACUCGAAUCACGGGAAAGAAGUUUCUUGAGCUUGUUUUGGAGAAGCCACUAGACAGAGAGGAGCAGGCAGACAUGAGUUUUAGCCUCAUUGCUGUAGAUGGUGGGUCUCCUCCCAGGACUGGGACAACCGAAGUGAAAAUUAUCAUUCUAGAUGCAAAUGACAAUGCUCCCAUCUUCGCACAGGAAGAGUACAUUGGUGAGGUUCUGGAAAACAUGCCAGAAGGCUCAGUAGUUUUAACAGUGCUGGCAACUGAUCAGGAUGCAGGUGUCUAUGGGGAAAUUACCUAUCAACUCAGUGAAGCUGCAGACGAGAGCGACUCAAUAUUUGUGAUUGACCCUCUAAGUGGAGAAAUUAAACUCACAAAACCUCUGGACUAUGAGGCAGCACAAACUCACGAACUGAGUGUGAGAGCCAGAGAUGGCGGGGGACUCUCAGCCAUCUGCAAAGUGCUGGUGGAAGUGGUGGAUUUGAAUGACAAUGCCCCAGAGGUGGUGGUCAGCUCCUUCAGCAGUCCCCUCCCCGAGAACACAGCGCCCGGCACGGUGGUUGCCCUGUUUACGGUCAGGGACCGGGAUUCUGGGGCCAACGGGAAGAUCUCGUGUGGCCUCGAGGAUCAGCUCUUCUUCUCGCUGCGGCCAGCCUAUAAGAAUUACUAUGAGCUGGUGACAGUGAGCGCGCUGGACCGCGAGGAGACGGCUCGCUACAUCCUCAGGGUGACGGCAGCAGACGCGGGGUCGCCUCCUCUGACGAGCACGCAGACCUUCACCGUGGACAUCUCGGAUGUCAAUGACAACGCCCCCGUCUUCAACCAGACGUCGUACACCAUGUACGUGCGUGAGAACAAUGUGCCCACGGUGUUUGUUGGAGCCGUCAGCGCUGCCGACGCUGACGUGGGGCUCAAUGGCAAGGUGAGCUAUUCCCUGGCAGCGGUGCAAGCGGCAGAGGGGCCUUGGUGCUCGUGCGUGUCUGUGAACUCUGAGAACGGGCACGUGUUUGUGCUGCGGCCCCUGGACUACGAGCGCUUGAGGCAGACGGAGGUGACGGUCAGUGCCUCUGACGCGGGCUCUCCUCCCCUCAGAGCCAACGUCAGCGUCCGCCUCGUGGUGCUGGACGAGAACGACAACGCCCCGCUCGUGCUGUACCCAGGCCAGGACAGCAGCCCAGCGUCCAGUGAGCUGGUGCCCGUGUCGGCCGAGGCGGGCUACCUCAUCACCAAAGUGGUGGCCGUGGAUGCCGACUCCGGGCAGAACUCGUGGCUCUCGUACCACCUGCUGAGGGCCAGCGAGCCAGGGCUGUUCACGGUGGGUGUCCACAGCGGGGAGGUGCGUCUGAGGAGGCCGGUGACGGAGAGAGACAGCGUGAGGCAGAAGCUCCUUGUCCUGGUCAGAGACAACGGCAAGCCGCCCCUGUCGGCCACGGCAGCUGUGAGCGCGCUCCUGCUCAAGGACUUGUCAGACGUGCGCCUCCCCGGGCACGGCAGCCCGGCCCCAGAGGAUCAGGCUGGCUCCCUGACCACCUAUUUAAUCAUUGCCCUGGUGUGUGUCUCCCUGCUCUUCCUCGUCUCCACGGCACUCUUUGUGGCUCGCAAGGUGUGCAAGAGAAAGGAGCUGAAGGCUGGCCAUGUGCUUUAUGGUGCCGACAACUUGCAGAGCGGCCUGGCCGAUGGGGCCGCUGCAGGGAGCCUGCCCCGCGCUUAUUGCUACGAGAUCAGCCUCACAACGGGCUCGGGCAACAGCGAGUUCAAAUUCCUCAAGCCCAUCCUCCCCAGCGUGCCAGCACAGCACUGCGCCGUGGGCCACGGCCCGGAGGAUGAACAGCAUUUCCCCUGUGUCCCUGUCAGCACCGAGGACACGGCACCAGACAAUCCUGGCACUCUCUCUGCAGGACACUUCAAUUCUCUUUCCUUCAACUAGCUGGGCUCUGCACUGCCAGAGGCUUCAAUGCCCAUGGUAGAAAGGGCACCAGGCAGCAGCAGAUGACAAUGGUUCCUCCAGAGAAAACUUGUGUUUCCAAAUGGCAUAAGCAAUUUCCCUUAUAUUCUAAGUCCAAAUAGAAGUUGUCAUGUUCUCCAAAAGGGAAAAAUUGAAGCAACUUAGAUAAAGUUGAGCUCUCACUCUGGCUGUGAUAUGCUUCAUCUCUGAUGUGGUCAUUUCUGAUAGGCUUUAAGAAGGGGGUUAGCACUCCAGCUAUUCUCCUGUAUCUCUUGCUGGCAGACCAGACCAUGAAACUCUUAUUUAUUCGUUGCUAUAACACAAUGGCACAGUUGUGUAAACAAAUCUCACACUUGUUGAAAUGGCCCAAAGCCAUUUGCCCAUCUCAGAAAAUAAGUUAGUUCUGAAUACUGUGUCAUGAUGUUCUUUUAGCAUGGGGGUUUUUCCUUAUGGGGCUUUGGAUGUCUGUGUCUGAGGGGUGUGGGCUCUCUGUGUUACACUUUCUUCUCAGUAUGUCAGUCUGUUUGGCCCUUGUGCAUCUGUCAAUGCCUCACUAAUGCUGUCCUGUGAAAGAGUGAAGUUGUCCUAUCAAGCCAUUGCAAUGCUGGCAAAUCCAGCUCUACAGACUAAAAGGCCAUUUUGACCCUCUGAGUACCGGGGCCUCAUCUUUUUCAAGGCAGAAAAGAGGAGGAAAAUGCACAAUAGAAUCUUCCUUUGACGUGUGUGUGGGAUUUGUGUUCCAUCCACCUGAGAUUGUCUAGGAAAUACAGCACUGGAAGAGGCAUUUGGGUGGAUAUUAAAUGUAGAGAGACAUUCAAACCUUUUAAUCAUCCUUAUAUACAUGGAAAAAACACAUGUCCAUGAAAUAUAAUUUUCUGGAGCAUGAACCAAGAAGAACAUGAAAACAGGUCUUUGAGUUUUCUUUGCUCAUUCAUGUUUCUGAAUUCAGGGUAUUCUUAAUGUGACUAGAAAGCUGUCCCAAAAGGAUUUCUCCAUUUGUGUUAGAGUGUUUGCAUUCUGCUUUUUCCCCUUUCUCUUUUUAUCUACUUAACUGUACUGAGAAUUAUUUUGCUCACUCCUCUGGAGAAGG